AUGACGGGAAAGGUACAAGACAAGUCCAAAGACAGGAAGACCCGAGGAAAGUUUAACGACGGCCUUUCCGCGGAAGAACGCAAGAAGCGUUACGACAGUAAGGCAUGCCUCCGAUGCGGUGAAGUAGGACACUUCCGCAAGGAUUGCCCGAAGAACGAAGUCAGACAAGGAGCGGUCAAGAUUGGGAUGAUUCGGAUACCAACACCAUACCCAACUGAGGAACUGGACGAGACCCUCAGCGACCUAGACCUGUACGAUGAAGCAAGACAAGCCACGGACGAGGCCUUUGAGCUAGUACAAGAGGCAAUAGGACUCCAAGACUUCAAGUGGGACAACCCACUACCGACAGAUUGGCAGGUUGAAGGGGCAGAAGUACUACGCCGCCUAAGAAACCAACAGUGCUGGAUUUGUGGACUAAAUCAACACCAAGCCAACGAUUGCGAUAUCGACGGACGAAUCACAGUCACGGGACCCCGUGCAGAGGAGAUUGCCUGCAGGGCUGCCCAGGAACAACCCAGGUUCAAGGAACCUGAUGACGAGGAAACGCCUCGGACGUUCAAGGAACGAAUGGAGCAACACGAGCGCCUAUGUUGGGUCGACUGCCCAAGACAGUGUGAUUACCACUUGAGGAAGCGAGAGGAGACCAGGGACAACGAGGACGAUUGCUGCCACACCAACCUAUGGCAUAACGAGUGUCGUGUACCGCAUUGCUAUAUGCACCAGCCAGGAGAAAAGGAGGCUCACGAAGAGCUGUGCUGGAUCAAGUGCACGAUCAAUUGCCAGUUCCAUCGGGAACAACGACGGAAAGCUAGACGGGUAGACGACUACUACCAUAGCACGAUAUCCGCCGAGGAAUGCAUCGCGAAGAAUUGCCGGAUGCAUCGAGGGCAAGAAGCCAGGGUCACGAAGGACCAAUUGCCCAAGACACAGAGGAAGCUGGAACCAAAGAAAGGGACUGCGAAGAAGGAGAUACCUCACCGCAAUGUCCAUUGGAGCUUCUGUUACGACGACCAGUGUACGAUACACUAUUCCGCCAAGGCAGGCGAAGGCUACUUUCCUACGCAGAGGAAAGGUAGGCAGUCAAAAAACUAGGAUGCCACCAGGGACAGGGUCACGCUGGUAAAGGCAGUCCUAAAACGACCCUCAAGCAAGUACAGGAG